UUGAACUGAAAGUUGAAGAUGACACAGGAUUAACAACAUUCAUUUUAUUUGAUUCUAUGGCUGAAAAAUUACUCCAUAUAUUAGCAAAAGAACUUAUAAAUAAAUGUUCACAGGUACCUGAAGAGUUUGACAUGCCUAUGCAAAUAGCAAACCUUAUUGGGAAAACAUUUGUCUUCCAAUUGGAACUCAAUGAUUAUAACCUCAAACAAGGAUGGGAGAUCUACACAGUAAAGAAAGUUUUUGAUCCUGUUAUGCAGAUUGACAAUUCAGUUAAACUUGAUCAAAUAACUGAUUAUUAUAUGAGCGAUGCUACAAAUGAUUCUGACAACAACUUACCAAGUGAAAAAGAUGCUAAUCCUACAAAUGAUGCAAGUCAUGUACAGCUCACACCUAUUGCAGAUCGACAAAAGAGGAAAAGGAAACAAGAACUCCUUUAAUAUGUUGAAACUUAUGUUACAAAUUAUUUCAACUUUUCUUACAAUAAUGCAAUCACCAUUACGAAGGUGUUCUGCUAUCUGUUGGGAAUAGAUAAAUGACCUUACAAAAUAGUUAACAAAGGAAUAGGUGGUGUUAAAUAUUCUGAGAAAUUGAUGUUAAUGGUUUUGUCUACGUGUGUAUUGGUUAUAUUUGAUGGAUGCAUGUUAUCCACCUGUUGUAUUGGUCUUACUUGAUGUAUAAAUGA